AUGAGUGCUUCAGAAGCAAGUCAGCUUGAUAUAAGACCACACCUGCAGAGUAAUCUGUCAGCAGGAACAAAAGCCGCAUUCCGCCGCACCCAAACUGGUUGUCGUACCUGCAGGUCAAGAAGAGUCAAAUGUGACGAGAGAAAGCCCGUCUGCUCCCAGUGUUGCAAAGGCAAUAGGGAUUGUCGUUGGCAAGGCCCUAACCAGAAGCGAGUAAGGCUGCCUCGGCGUCCUAAUUCCACAGCAUGUAUUCUUUGUCGAGAGAAAAAGCUUAAAUGUAUUGGGGAUGCCAACAACGCUUGUGAAACAUGCACUAGCAUGGGCGUCGCAUGUGUGCGGUCGUCAUCACGCACAAAACAUACAAGCAUAUUACAAGAUGCAAUUGCUUCGCCAGCCGGUCGCACCAGCAUAGAAAAAUUGUCACUCCUUCAUAUCUCCGCAGAUCAGAGUCCAGGGUUGAAGGACGCAGCGCCAUUAGGUCAUCUGCCAACACGGGGAGAACUAGAAGAGCUAAUUCACUUGUACUUUGCUUCCGUGCAUCAUUUUGGAUUUGUUGCAUUUAUCCAUCAACUGCAUUUCAAUCGCCUCCUCGCCGAAGGAAAAGCCCCUCGCGAAUUGACUCUUAUGAUGAUUGCUAGUGCCACAAGAUUUGCCAGGGAUCCUUCUCCAGAAAACUUAGCCAAGGCAGAUGCUUGGGCCGAUGCCGCUCUCGAAGCUCUGCUUCCACGGAUCUACCAGGGGUUUGGAGCGGUACAGCUUAUGGUAUGUUCUAGAUAUUGA